CCGUAAUAGGAAGCGUGCCAUCAACAGAAAUGGAUGAGGGUGGUCACGGGAAUCUUGAUCGAAUCGGGCAUUUGUUUGCUGAUUUGAUAACGUGGAGAGAUGUUGCAAAGUCGAACCUUUGGUUUGGUCUGGGCUGUUUAUGUUUCUUGUCUUCUUGUUUUACAAAAGGAGUUAGCUUUAGCAUCUUUUCAGUGAUUUCGCAACUUGGUCUUCUGUUCUUGGGUGCUUCAUUCUUCUCAAAUUCAAUUUUGCAAAGAAAUAAUGAUGAAAAGAAGCGUGAGUUUAAGGUCAAAGAAGAGGACAUUUUGAGAUUCGGUAGACUAAUUCUUCCAGCCACCAACCUUGCAAUUUCAAAGACAAGAGAGCUUUUCUCAGGAGAGCCAUCAAAGAUCCUCAAAGUAGUUCCAUUUUUGCUUCUAGGAGCUGAGUAUGGCCAUAUUAUAACAAUGCUGAGGCUUUUUGAUCUUGGUUUUUUUAUCAGUUUCACUUUCCCAAAACUUUACUCAUGCUAUUCUAAUAGGAUAAACCAAAAAGGUAUGUGUUUUAAGUUACAACUCAGCAAUAUGAUACUCUGAUGAUCUCUUUGAUGAAAUGUAACAAAAAAGAGUGAAUAUUACCUCA